AUGCCUGACGCCGAGCUCUUGGCCCCCACCGUGGAAAAUGUCCGCGUCGUGGUCCGCGUCAGGCCCAUGGACCAGCGUGAGAAGCUUGACAACGCCUACAACUGCGUCUCCAUAGAUCCUGUGAACAACACUGUGGCUGUUACGAGAAACAACGUGGUCCCCCCCGAGCCGCCGAGGGUGUAUGCUUACGAUGCAGUGUUUGACACCAACACUAGUCAGAUGGACAUCUACGUCCAGACAGCCAGCCCUAUAGUGGAGCAGGUCCUCAAAGGCUACAACGGCACCAUAUUUGCGUAUGGACAAACUGGCACCGGGAAGACUUAUACGAUGGCGGGAAGCAACACGGCCCCGGAAUUGAGGGGGAUUAUACCUAACUCCUUCGCUCACAUAUUCAGUCAUAUCGCUAAGGCUAAAGAAGAUGAGAAGUUUUUGGUGUGCGUGACUUACCUGGAGAUAUACAACGAAGAAGUUCGCGACCUCCUCGGCAACAACCCGCACCAGAGUCUCGAAGUGAAGGAAAGACCAGAUAUUGGAGUUUUUGUCAAGGAUCUCACUGGUUACGUUGUCCACAAUGCAGACGAGUUGGAAAAGAUUAUGGCUGUGGGCAACAAGAACCGUGUUAUUGGAGCGACGGCCAUGAACACGGAGAGUUCACGUUCUCAUGCGAUCUUCUCCAUCACAGUGGAGAGCUCGAAGCGAGGAGCUGAUGGCAAAAUGCAUGUGAAGAUGGGAAAACUGCACCUUGUUGAUUUGGCGGGUUCCGAACGCCAGAGCAAAACCCAAGCUACAGGCACCCGCCUCAAAGAAGCAACCAAAAUCAACCAGUCCCUGUCGGUGCUGGGGAAUGUCAUCUCAGCGCUAGUGGACGGCAAAUCCACCCACAUCCCUUACAGAAACUCCAAGCUUACGAGGCUGCUCCAGGAUUCUCUUGGAGGGAACUCCAAGACUGUAAUGAUAGCCACCAUAGGACCCGCAGAUAUGAACUACGUGGAAACUAUCAGUACCCUGAGAUACGCUAACAGAGCUAAGAACAUCGAGAACAAGACCCAUGUCAACAGCGAGCCUGGCGAUGCUUUGCUUACUAGAUUCCAGCAAGAGAUUGAUCAGCUCAAGAAACAAUUAGAGGAAAGUAUCAAUGACGUCGAAGACGAAGGGGACGAAGAAGAUGUAUCAGAUGAAGAGUUGUCUGAUGACACGCUAACCGAUCCAGAGCUGGACUCCCUAGAUCCUGACGAGAAGAAACUACGCAGGAAGUUGAGGCGAGAGGAGAAGGAGAAGUUAAUCAGAGAGAAGGCGCACCAAGCUCGCAAAGUCCUCGAGGAGAAGAAGGCUGAACUGCAGAGGACCAAGAAACAACAAGAAGAAUUAAAAGAUAAACUACAGCGUCUGGAGUCCAAGGUGCUCGUUGGUGGGGAGAACUUACUGGACAAGGCAGACGCUCAAAGGCAGCUGCUGGAACAGGCGGCAAGGGAGUUGGAGCAACGUAGGCUAAACGAGCUACGGCUGCAAGAGGACUUGCAGAAAAAGGAGGCCGAACGUCUGGACCUCGAGGAACGCUACUCUAGUCUCCAAGAGGAGAAUGCUGCAAAAACUCGCAAGUUGAAGCGAGCAGUCCAACUCCUUAACUCGGCGAAGGCGGAACUGGCUGACCAGCAGCGCGAGCAACAGAGGGAGAUGGAAGGGAUCCUCGACAGCGUUCGAGCAUUAAAGAGGGAGAUACAAUUAGCUGAUCUGGUCCUGGAUUCUUACAUACCCAAGGAGUAUCAGGCACUUAUUGAACAAUACGUGCAUUGGAACGAACAACUGGGCGAGUGGCAGGUCAAGUGCGUGGCGUACACCGGGAACAAUAUGAGCACACACACACACCUCGAGCGGAACCACUCCACACAGCAUAUUGAACCGCCAGAUCUAUCCGAUCGCUAUUUAUCGUACAGCGCCGUGAAUAGCCGGCCGGCGACACGCCUCGCCAGACCCCACACAUCUGCUGUGCCCAGACCCCACACGGCCCUUCGACAGCGGCAGUAG